AUGCCGCCAAAGAACCAGCGACGUUCUCACACGAAAUCCAAGAACGGAUGCAGUCAGUGCAAGGUCCGGCGAAUCAAGUGUAAUGAGGUGCAUCCGGUUUGUAACAACUGCGAACGUCGCCAAAUAUUCUGCGAUUUCUCGGCGUCACCUGGUAGCAGCAAAUCUCCCAGCAAUACUGCCCCAGAUGUACGAAGGCAGGAAAGUCAAGCAGGUUCCGUCAAUGGGUCGCAGCGGACGCCCACACAGCCUAUGGUCGAUCCAUUUCAGCAGCCUGACCUCGUGAGCACUAAGAAGAGCACUGAUUUGGAUGUGACCGAUCUUCGGUUAAUGCAUCAUUUCACCAGCGUGGUCGCCCUCGAUCUGGCCAAUGCCCAGACUCCCGAAGCUCAGGCAUUGUGGCAAGUCCACGCGGUUAAGCUGGGCUUGAAGCACGAAUUCCUUCUCCGGGGCAUCCUAGCCGUCUCAGCGUUCCACCUGGCCUAUCUUUGUCCGGACAGGAAGGCCGAGUACGAAUUGAUCGGGACGACGCAUCAAAGCCUUGGUCUCACCGAGUUUCAAGAAACACUAAGCCACGUCGAUGAAACUAACUGCCAGGCGCUUUUUGCCUUUUCUUGCCUGUUAAUCGUGCUCGCUUUUGCUUCGAGUGCGAAGGACAAACCCGAGGACUUCACCCAUGAUGUGCUGCAUUGGUUCUAUUUGCUGAGAGGAGCAAACAUAGUACUCAACAUGCACCAUGACACAAUCCGGGGCAGCUUUCUCAAGCCGCUCCUGGAUGAAAUGGCGCACAUGGAUAAUAUCGCAGCCUACAGAUUUCCCGAUACCGAUCAGAUCACCAAGCUAUUUCGAGUCUGCAGUUCUCCGGAACACGACAAAGAGACCGCGCAAGCCAUCGACCUGGCGAUUCAUUCACUGCUCAGCACUUUCAUUCAAGCCUCAUUACUCAAAACCCGUGGUGACGGCACGGUUUUGGCAACAUUUGUCUGGCCGAUCAACCUACCGCCCAAAUUUCUCGAUCUUCUGAGCGAGAAGCAGCCUGAAGCCAUGGUCAUUCUCGCACACUACUGCGUUCUCAUUUACUGGGGAGAGACCCACCACGAGGACACUUGGUUCAUUAGUGGAUGGGCGAAGUAUAUGCUUGAAACGGUCAAGGAAUCGAUCCCCGACCCCUGGCAGGAACAGCUUGAAUGGCCAACCAUGAUGAUCACACAAGAACAUGGCUCAUCCAGUGCCGAAGCAGCCCUUUUGGUCGGAAAUCGCUCAACGGGCUGA